GUGCUGUCCUGUGACUCAGGUAAUACUAUAUUAUUAAUCUAUGCCUGUGACUGAUUUAUAGUUUUUUGGCUAGAAGUCCGUCAGAUUUUUUCUAAAAUCAAAUAAAGGUAGAAUUUGAGGGAGACAUGAAAGAGAUGUUUUAAAUUUAUCUAAGUGCUAUCGCGUUAAAUAAAAUGGGGACGGUGCAUGCUAAAAAUUUUCAGGCCGAUGAAAACUUCACAGAUAGCCCCAAUUCUAACUUAAAAAGUAAAGCCAUGUUUAGGGAGCCACCAGAUAAGGAACAAAUUAAAGAAAUCGACUUGGAAGGCGUAAAGGCCAGAGUAGACAAAAUACAUGUAGAUGGGUUAUCACGAACAAAAAAUGACAUUAUAGAAGAUUGUAUUAAGGAACUAUUUAAAGCAAGAGAUUUUCAAGAUGUACUUCUAAAAGCACAUAAAGCUCGUGUAAAAUUGGACGAAUUGGGAUGCUUUAAAAAUAUUUCUGUAUAUAUAGAUACCAGUAAAGGAUCAAAAUCUACUCCAGAUGGUUUAGAGGUUACGUUUAAUGUAAAAGAACACAAAAGAAUAACAGGUGGAGUUAGUACCCAUGUGGGAAACAAUGAAGGUGUCCUACAAAUUGGAAUGAGAGCUCCAAAUAUUUUUGGCAGAGGUGAGAGAGUUCAAGUUGAGUACAGCCAUGGUUCCAAGAAAUCCAGUAAUUUCAAUUUAGCAUUUAUUAAGCCUUUUAGAGGCACAUACCGUCCCACAUUAACCACAAGUGUCUUCCAGUCCCAUUCAGAGUGGCCAGCUUCUGGCUAUAAACAACUUGAAAGAGGAUUAAUAUUUGACUUAGGAUUUUAUUCUUGGUCUUUAUUAAAGCAUAAUCUGCAAUGGGAAGGAAACAUUCGAGAUUUGAGUGUUUUAACUCGAAAUGCCUCAUUCGAUGUUAGAAAAGAAUCUGGUUUAAGUUUGAAGUCAUCCCUCAGGCACAUCUUAUCACUUGAUCUUCGAGACGAUUUAAUCUUUCCUAGUAGUGGUUCAUUACUCCAGUUGACUUCUGAAGUUGCUGGUUUAGGUGGAGAUGUUGGUUUCCUGAAGAAUGACAUAUUCGUUCAAGGAAAUUAUUCUAUUGCUGAGGAUAUAGUUUUUCAAGCAUGUUUCAGCACGGGUUACAUGACCAGUAUUAGUAACGAUUUGAAAAUAAGUCUUUCUGAUAUGUACUUCCUAGGAGGUCCAUUAUCACUAAGAGGUUUCCAAAACCGUGGAGUUGGACCCCACUCCGAUGGAGAUGCGCUUGGAUCCAAGGCUUACUGGGCUGGAGGUCUACAUCUUUUUACACCGUUGCCUUUCAGGCCAGGUCGAGGAGGAUUGGGUGAUCUUUUUAGAACACACUUUUUUAUGAAUGCUGGGAAUAUUGGAAACGUAGAAGUACUUAAGGAUGGCAACUUAGUCGAUUUAAUCCAGAAUAACUUGAGGGUCUCGUAUGGAGUUGGAAUUGCGUUAAGACUGGGUAAUAUGGCUCGCUUAGAAAUAAAUUACUGCUUUCCAUAUAUUUACGAUAAAGGAGACCAAACCCACCCAGGUGUUCAGUUCGGAAUAGGGGUUCAAUUUUUGUAAUGAUAAAUUACAAAGUUUUAGUCAGUACAAACUGUAUAAUUACAAAAAUCAAAUGUGUAUGUACCAUAGAAGUGAAAUCUUGUUAUUUAUUAAAAUUGACAUUGUUGCCUUAGUUAUAUUUUA